AUGAGUUAUAGUCCACCUCAGGACCCAGCAAGUUUUUCAAACUACAGAGAAAUCUCAAUCAUACAUGCUCACUUCGAUUGGACUAUAGAUUGGGAAAAGUUUACCAUAGAUGGUUCAGUGGCUCAUACCUUCAAAGCUCAUUCAGAAGUUAAAGAAAUCAUUUUAGAUACUUCUUAUCUUAUCAUACAUCAAGUUUCAAUCUUGAAUCCUCGUCUCACCGAUCAAACUAUCUUAAAAACACAUUUGGGCGACCGUCAUGAAGUACUUGGGUCCCCAUUGACCAUUGAACUUCCAAAUACAUUGGCGGCAGGAGACCAAAUUACGUUGCAAAUCAAAUAUACCACUACCGAUCAAUGUACUGCAAUAGGAUGGCUUGAUCCUGCUCAAACAGCAUCAGGCCAGCAUCCAUUCCUCUAUUCACAAUGUCAAGCAAUCCAUGCGCGUUCAUUGGUCCCAAUCCAAGAUACUCCAAGUGUUAAAUUUACAUACACAGCUCUGGCUCACUCAUAUCUACCUGUCCUGUUUUCCGGAUUGAACUCCAGUGAAACCAAUCAAGCUGUUUCGAUUGAUAAAAACGUCGUAAGAGAAUGGCGAGCUGAACAACCUGUAAAAAUACCGAGCUACCUUGUUGCUAUCUCAGCUGGUCAACUCGUCUUCCGGUCCAUGGGCAAGCGAACAGGUGUAUGGGCUGACCCAGCUACGAUUGACGCAGCGUACGAUGAGUUUGCGACCUCAACUGAAGGUUUUGUGGCUGCGGCCGAAAAGAUUAUUGGAGUUGAUUAUGACUGGGGUCGAUUCGAUGUGCUCGUCUUACCUCCAUCAUUCCCGUAUGGUGGAAUGGAAAACAGCAACUUGACUUUUCUGACUCCGAGCUUGUUGACGGGGGAUAAAAGUUUGGUGGAUGUAGUUGCACAUGAAAUAUCACAUUCCUGGUUUGGUAACAAUGUUGGUUGUGCAAAUUGGGGCUCAUUCUGGCUGAACGAAGGCUUCACUACUUAUCUCGAAAGGUUGAUCCUACGGGAGUUACACGGUGACCCAGAACGAUCGUUUAGUUAUAUCAUUGGUAAGAAAGCCUUGAAUGACGCUUUGAGAGAAUUUAAGGAUCAGCCUAGGUUUCAACAGCUAGAGAUAGAGUAUGAGUUUGGGGAAGAUCCGGAUUUAGCAUUCAGCACGGUACCUUAUGAUAAGGGUGCCAAUUUUUUGCUCUAUCUUGAACAAGUCGUGGGUGGAUUGAAAGUGUUUCUACCAUAUGUGGGAGCAUAUGUGCGAGCAUUCAAAGGCAAAUCAUUAGACACGAAGAUGUGGAAGGCUCACUUAUUGGGGUAUUUCUCUGAGAAUGACCCUGUAGCACUUGCGAAGCUGGAAUCGGUGGACUGGGAAGCUUGGUUACAUGGACAAGGAUUAGAAUUACCGGUUGAAUUGAAAUAUGAUACCUCCUUGGCUGACGCGGCCUAUGCAUUGGCAGCGCGAUGGCAGGAAGCCUGCGAUGCUCCAGAGAAAAGACUCUUUGAGCGAUCAGAUAUCGCGCAGUUUAGUUCUAAUCAGAUUGUGGUAUUCCUUGAGAAGCUGGAUAGUGAUCAAACCUUACCCAAAGAGUUGAUAGAAUUGAUGGAAAAAGUCUACGGGUUUGAUUCAUCAACUAAUCAAGAAAUCAGGUUAAGAUGGUAUUCAAAUGCUCUUAAGGCUGGUUUGUUUACACAACAAGCUAGUAAAUGGGUAUCGGAUAAAGGCAGGAUGAAAUUUGCCAGACCGACUUAUCGAGCUUUGUAUAAAGUGGAUUCUGAAUUAGCUCAAAAGACUUUUAAGGCCAACGAAAAUUUUUAUCAUCCAAUCUGUCGUGCAAUGUUGGCCAAAGAUUUAGGAUUGGCUUGA